CGUUCUAUUGCGCGCGCGCGGCGCGUUUUCAUUACUUUACCCCGCGGGUCGUGGCUACUGCCCUUCCAACUCUUACGCAAAACCGAACGUUUCGCCGCGCCGAAGGAAACCCUGCGCCGCCGUAGCGCGCGCCUUGCGUCCGCGGUGACGUCAUCCCCCGGCUCGCUCGCCGACGGGGCCCUGCCGACGUGGCGGGGCGGAAGACGUGCCGCGCGCUCCGGAGCCGUCACCCAGCAGCGAACACAAUGUCUCAGGCUGACGCAGACCCCUCCGCAGACAUCCCCGCCCCGCGGGCCCACACAGAUCCCUCUGCGCCACCGGCCCCUUCCCAAACCCCAUUCAUUGCUGGAGACUUCAAUGAGUCCUCCAGAGUGGCGACCAGAGGGGAUGUGACCGGCAGCGAUGGCUCAGAUGGUCCGGUUGACCAAACGCAGCACGCAGCUGAAGGCCAGGUGAUAGAGUGUGACCAACCAGUGAGCCUGGAACCAGAAAUGAGCGCUGUAGAAGGGGAAGUCAAGACCGACGCUGAAGAGAAGGAGAAAGCUUGGGGAGGCUGGGGCUCAUGGGGAAAGUCUCUUCUCACCAGCGCCACAUCCACCAUGGGUCAAAGCCUGAGUUCGGUCAAGGAGAAAGCAGGAGAGGCUUUGCGCCUCCACAAGACCUCAGUAGGGGAGGAGGCCAGAGAGGAGGAGGAAGAAAGAGUGGAGGGGGAGAAUGAGGGAGGAAGAGAGGGAGGAGAGGACACCACGCCUGACACCGCUCAGUCUUCAUUGAGCACCGUAGCUCCUGGUAGAGGCGUCUUCUCUGCCAUCACACACGCUGUGCAGAACACUGGGAAGUCAGUAAUCAGUGGUGGUCUGGAUGCCCUGGAGUUCAUUGGGAAGAAGACAAUGACUGUCUUAGCUGAGAGCGACCCAGGCUUCAGAAAAACCAAGACUCUGAUGCAGAAGACUGCAUCUCUGAGUCAGAUGUUAAAGGAGGCCAAAGAGAAGGAGCGGGCGCGUCUAGACAACCAGGCGAUCAGUGAGCCCACAGCUCACUAUGGCAUCCUGUUUGAUGACUACCAGGGCCUAUCGCAUCUCGAGGCCUUAGAGAUUCUGUCCAGUGAGAGUGACGUCAAGGUCCAAGCGUUCCUGUCUUCGCUGGAGCAGGAGGAGCAGGAGGAGUUGAAGAAAGAGCUGAUUGUCAUCAAGGACAUCUUCACCAGGGGAGAAGAGGGGAUGGAGGAAGAGGAAGGAGGGCGGGAAGGGCAGGAGGGAGAGACGAAGGAUAAUGGUGAUCUAAGUUCCCAAAUACACUGUUCUACCCCCCUGUCUGCUGAUGGCGAGGAGUUUGUGAGUACUCUCACCGAGCUGCUCUUCGAGCUUCACAUCGCCGCCACGCCGGACAAACUCAACAAGGCUCGAGUCAGGGCUCAUGAUUGGGUGAGCGAGUUGGGACAGCCCAUCACUACGGAAACGGUCGGCGGGGAAGCAGACGAGCAGCCGGGGGUAGAGGCCACAUCUGGAGAAAUCAUGGAGAGAGGAGGAGGAGGAGAGGCGGAGGGGGAGAAAGCAGAGGAGAGAGAAAUGAAGGCUGAGGGGAAUGAGACGGAGAACAACCCCAAAACUGUGGAGGCUGUCUACCUGUUAUCAGUAGGCAGUCUGGCUGAGGUGACAGCUCGCAGUAUUGAGCAGCUCCACAAGGUGGCAGAGCUCAUCCUCCAUGGCCAGGACCUGGAGAAACCAGCGAGGGAUCAGGCACACAUUCUCACCAGGUUGACAUGUGCAAUGUGUAAAGAGGUGGGAUGUCUGGCCACAAAAUUCUCUGAUACACUGCUUACUAUCGGGGCACAUAGGAAGGCAGAAGAGUUGAACCCACUGGUAGACGGCGUACUGCAUGAGGGCUCCAACAGCACCAACUACAUUCAGAAUGCCUUCCAGCUGCUGCUGCCGGUCCUUCAGAUCUCCCACAUCCAAACCCAGCAGUCCAAAACCAGCACAGAGCCGCCAGCCCAGACUCAGCACUAGUCCUCAUUCCAACUACCCGCCUUACACACACACACACACACACACACACACACACACACACACACACACACACACACACACACACACGCGCGCACACACACACACACACAGCUACUGUACCCGCUGCAAUGCUAGCUUCUCUUCAUGUAACUAUUGUACAGUGAGGUAUACAGAAAAUAUUAUAUUAAUGCUUUUAUCUUGCAGUGUCAUACAGACUGAAGAUGCUAUGUUUUGCAGAUUACUAGCUAAUGUAGAAAGGUAGACUGUAGGGGGCCUCAAUACGGCCCACCCCUCUUUCAUGUGGCAUUGCUUUAUUGUGCGGCUGUUCCGUGUUGCACAUGUGAAUGUCAUUUUGUGGCUUUUGCGUUUAGCGGUGACGGACCAAACACUUGAGCUGAUUCUGCGUUAGCUGUGGGCAACCAGCGAAACCAAGGAUCGACCGAACGAGGGCCGAGGGCAAGGGCCCCAUUUUCCUUCAAAACACUACACCAAAAAUGGAGUUCUGAUCAUUUCCUUAUGGAGAGAUUCUGCUUACUUCAGCAUUAAUUAUUUAUUUAAUUUUUUGGGGUUUUUUUGUUAGUGCUCAUGUCAUGAUGGUCCAUUGUUUUACCAGGACUAGAACAAUAACUAACACUAGUGACUUUUUAGUUUUAUUUGUCAAUAUGCAAUUUGAUUUGGGGGUUUUUUCUGAAUCAAAGUGCCAGUAUUGGUGAUUACACCACUGUUUUUGCUAUUUGUUUUUGUAUGUUAAACCAAAUGAAGCGACAUGGCCUUGUGUUCUGCCGUCAUCUGAGAGAACGGGUUGAAAUCACAAUACUGUAACCUAGACAACACCCCCUUUUUCGAAUUCUGGUAAGGAUAAAAUGUCGGUGAGUUACUGUGACGGUAAUGCUACGUAUGCUGCUAUUAUACUCAACAGACGCAGAAUGACUAACGCUCCGGCCUACAUUGGCUCCUUCCUUCCAGUUCAUGGUCAUAUGGAAAGAUCUCAGAUAUAGUCCUCUUUCCUGCUUCUCUGUUAAUAUUUCCUUCUCUCCCCCUUAAAAAUACGUUCAUUUAAUGCACAAUUACAAGCAAACCAAUUUGAAACAAGAGAAGCAGUGAAAAUGUUGCGUCGGAGACCUUUCCAACCGUAGCCAGCUUUAGUAAGCCCGGCUAUUUUGUAGGUGUUUAUGUGCCACGGGAUGCUUAAUGAAGAAUACAGGGGACUGCAAAAUGUCUGGGUGCUCAGAACGAUGUAUCCCGGCUUGGACUAUGUUUUCUGGUGUGAUUUUAAAUAAUUACAGCCCUCUAACGAAGUGCCAUUUGACUGUCGGAUGAUGAAAUGUAAGAGAAUGAACAAAUUUUAACCA